AUGAGCAGUUCAGAAGAUCGUUAUCCAAAUGAAGAUGAAGUUACUUUAAUGCCUGAAAUUGUAUCAAAUCCAUUAAGUCAUCAUGGUGGAUUAAAUAUUAAUCAUUCAGAAGAAAUUAAUGGUGAUAAUGAAGAAGAAGAAGAAUCACCGAGACCACCAAAUCUAAAGCAGAUUCAAACAAAAAAGAAUAAAUAUCAACAAUUUGGAAUUACUGCUGCCGGGGGAAAUGGAAAUGGACAGGAAUUAAAUCAACUCAAUUAUCCUCAAGGGAUCUGUAUUGAUGAUGAUAAAUCUAUUUAUGUUGCUGAUCAUUAUAAUGAUCAUAUUGUUAAAUGGAAACUGAAUUCGAAUAUUGGUCAAAUCAUUGCAGGUGGAAAUGGAAAAGGAAAUCAAAAUAAUCAAUUGAAUUGGCCAACAGAUGUAAUUUUUGAUAAAAAAAAUAAUUCUUUUAUUAUUUCUGAUAUUGAAAACAACAGAGUAAUUCGAUAUUUUGAUCAAAACCAAAUAAAUCAACAAAUUUUUAUUUCAAAUAUUAGAUGUUAUGGUCUGGUACUUGAUAAAGAUGGAUUUAUUUAUACUUCUGAUUGUGAUAAACAUGAAGUAAGACGAUGGAAACAAGGAGAUGCAAAAGGUGAAUUAGUUGCAGGUGGAAAUGGUCAAGGAGAUCAUCUUAAUCAACUGCAUAAUCCUUAUUAUAUCUUUAUUGAUGAAAAUUAUUCUCUUUAUAUAUCAGAUAAUAACAAUCAUCGUGUAAUGAAAUGGAAAAAAGAUGCAAAAGAAGGAAUUAUUGUUGCUGGUGGAAAUGGUGAUGGAGAUAGUCUCAAACAAUUAGAUCACCCUAAUGGAGUGAUUGUUGAUCAUUUGGGUCAAAUCUAUGUGGCAGAUUUUGGGAAUCAUCGAGUGAUGCGUUGGUGUGAAGGAGAUAAAGAAGGUGAAAUUGUUGUCGGUGGAAAUGGUCAAGGAAAUCAAUCAAAUCAAUUGAAUUGUCCCACAGGUUUAUCAUUUGAUAAUGCAGAGAAUCUUUACGUUGCUGAUUGUUACAAUCAUCGAAUCCAAAAAUAUGAAAAAAUUUAA